CUCAUGAUGAGGAAUUAAUACUUCUAUUAAUGCAUAGGAUGGCAGCAGGUAUCCUACUUUGCAGAAGUGGUUAGAGGAAAGUCCUGUUUGAGUGUUUCCUCUUUAGCUGUCCAGUCCAGGUCUAGUUUAAAGCUUAAGAAAUAACGGCCUAAGAAAGCAUAGCAGGAAAAAGCUUUGAAGGUGCCCAUUGACAGUUAGCACCUGGAGUGCUUCCAGUUGAAGCUUUGUUCGUAUGAUAGGACUGCCUCAUUUCCAGGAUUUUACAGAGGGUCCAGACCAUAUUGUCUUUCAUUGUCUUGUCAUCCUCCUGUUUUCCUCCACCACUUCUUCCAACUUCUUGCUAGAAAUAAAUCUGGUAAAAGGAUAAAAGAUGGAUUCACUGCAAAACGCCUUUUGAUUGUUAGCAUUGGAGCUGUCCAUCUGAACACACUCCGAGGUAGCAGGCAGACACAGCUGGUUUGGACACAGUCUCCCCCACUAUGUUGAGCUUUAUUCUAUUUCUAUUUAAAUGAUAGGUCAGUCUUUCUAAAUUUGCACCUAUAUGUUCGAAGGAGCACAUGCAACCCAAAUCACUGCCUUCCUUUUGUCCUCAUUGUUUUGGAGAUGCAUUUCCUUUCUCUUUCUUUUUUGGUGAUAAGUGAUUGCCUUAAACAAGGAGACCAAAUUAAACUGCGUAACUCUGGCCUCACAACUCUGGUCUCUCCUCCCAAUUUUCUCAUCAGAUGGAAAUUUAUUUAAUUUCUGUGCCACUCAAUAGCCAAAGCUCCAUAUGAAGGAUGAUUAAACAGGAAGCUGUUUCUGGGAUGUGAGCUGAAAUAUGUUGUCAGUUUUCAUAUCAUGGAGGCAUAACUUAAUUUUCCAGAGAUGUUUGAAACAAAACAGAAAUUCUGGCAGCUGGGAUUUUCUGAAUCUUUAGCUAUAACUUGCAGCGCAGGAUUUGCAGAAUAGCCAGUUGCUGCAACCAAGUUGUCAGUUGCAACACUGUGGAACCUGCAUCAUCUGCACCUCAUUUUGUCUGUGAAGGUCAAUUGCACAACCUGUAGGAAAAUGCCAGAAUGACAGUACCGGAAUUACCUCGGACACACCCUCCUGAGGAAUGCAGCUGAAUGGGAGGCCGGAUCCAGCAGCAGCCCUCACGUAAGCAGCGAACAGCGUUUACACUCUUCAGCCACAGCGAAGGGGAUCCUUUAGUUAACACCCACAUUGCUGCUUGGCUUGGAAGAUGGGGAGGCUCCUGGAGCAGGAGAAGGAGAUGCCAGGUCCGGCUAUAUCUGGGCAACCUUUCUAAUUUGAAGUGAAAUGGCCAUUCGCUCACGUUCCUUUUUCAUCUCUUCUUUGAUGCCUCUUUUUCUAUCAGUGAUUUCUUGCAAAGGUUCACUACUGCCAGCACCUCAGAAUGUCACAAUUCUGUCCACCAACAUGAAGCACUUUCUGCUGUGGAGCCCGGUGAGCGUCCCUGGAGAAGCUGUAAAAUAUUCUGUUGAGUUUCAAGGGGAAUAUGAGCGGAACUACACCAACGACACCUGGAUUCCCAUUGGAAAGUGUACAGGCAUUAGCGUCACUCAGUGUGACAUCACAGAAGAUGUUUCUGCCACUGUACCAUACAAUCUACGGGUUAGGGCAGCUCUGGGGACCCAAGCCUCACACUGGGCCAGCCUUGAUAGCUUCUUCAAUCGCAUCACAACAUCCCUCACUCCACCUACAUUGACUGUCAGUGCUGCUGGAUAUCAUUUGCUUGUGGAGCUUGAGCACCUAGGGCCUGCCUUUGAAUUCUGGAUAUAUUACUGGAGGAAGGACCAAAAGGACAAGGUAUACUGUAAAAUGGUGAGAAACAGUAGCAUGACUAUACAUCUGGAGAAAAUGGAACCCAGUGCAGAAUACUGUAUCAGAGCCCAGACCUAUGUUGAGGCCAUUAACCGGAGCAGCAAUUUCAGUGAGGUGCAGUGUGUGAAGGCUGAAGACAGCAGAGCCGUAUGGGUGACCUUUGCCCCAUUCUUCUUGGCUGCCUUGAUUGCAAUUAUCUUGGUGCUUCCUUGGCUGACCUGGAAAACCUGCCGAAUCUGCCAGUAUUCCUGCUGCCCAAAUGUCGGCUUGCCAGACACUUUGAAACUUACUGAAUCACCUACUAGGAUCCUAAAUUACAGAGGCGACGAGAUGGAGAUAUGUGAUGAGCAUGUGCAAGUGAUAGCCCGUGAAGAGCUUCUCCUCCAUUUUUGGAUUCAUGACACCCUUUAAAAUCGCAUUCACACUGAAGAUGAAAAUUGCAAAAUAAGACCACAAAUCCUACUCAUCUCUUUGCCCAAUUGGGCACACCCUCCUUUCCGUUACUGAGAAUGAGCUACUGAGGUACUAAAAAUACAAGAGUUUGCUUUAUUCAAAGGAAAAAUCACCAUGUGGUUCCUGCCCUCAGAGUUUAGACAGAUCAUCUGUCCAUCUGUCUGACAGAACCACAGCCAAGCACAUGAAUAAAAACAGGUACCAUAUUCAUUGCUACUUACCAUGUGCUUGAUUUAGGAAUGGUUCCAAUGUAUUGGGUUUUGUUUGUUCUUGCAUAAAGGGGUAAUCUUGGAGGUCCUAUUUCUGGGAUCAUCAAGAAGGGCUUUCACAGUGAGUAUUCACUUUAUGAUUGGUCUCAACAGUCAGACAAUCUGUGCUUCGUUUCUCAGACUAGAGAAAGUCAACAAACAGUGAGUGCCAGAACUUUGGGCUGAAGUAGGACAGAUGUUUUACAUGCCAAUAAUUUCAGAGGGUGGGUCAGUCUACAACCAUUCCUUGGCAAACAGAUCACGAGAAACUAUUCAUGGCGGUACAGGCAUGCCAUACGUUGCUGGAAAUCACUCGGCGAAACAAGAGCUUCCCUUCGAUGCAAGAAUGUGGAACGUGUAGUCCUUCAGAUCUUUAGGGACUAUAAACAAAUUAUCCUCUUCAGCACUACUACUACCAUAAAUCAUAUUGCACUAAUGUCAGCAACCCCUAGCAUAAUGUCAAAAGUAUUUGCUGGCACUACAGGUUUUCCCAUUGCACCAGCAAGCACUAUUAGCCUUGCACUGGAGGUCACUGGAGGUCACUGAGGUUGGCAGUAGUGUCAAAUCAGUUCUAGCCAGCCUAGUCAAUGUGAUGGAUAAUGCAAAUUACAGUCCCAACAAUAUCUGGAGGGUCACACAUUCCCCAUCCUGUCUUUAAUAUAUAGAAUCGUACAGAAUUGGCAACACAUGAACUUUUGUCUGCUUUGCUUUCCAAGCUUAGUUCCCACUUUUUCAAAGAUGACUACUGUCAGUUCUCAUAUCUGAGAACUGUAGGAGCUUUUUCUGUCUAAUUACACACAAGAUCACACCUUUAACCACUUGCUGCAAAAACUGAAGUUUGAAAAAAGUUAUGUUUCUGGAGAUGUUUAAAUGAAGCAUUGCAAAGGUUUUGUAUUUUUCUUUGGAGAUUUUUAAAAAAACCAUACAUGGCACUGAAUUGCUCAGUAUACAUAACUGAGCUCUAAUUUGUUGUACAGAUGACUGUAUGGCUGCACAUGUGACGAUUAUGUUUUGUUCACAAACUCAGGGGUUUACUACUAAGAGUCUGUAUAUUUUCAAUGUCGAUCAUAAAACUUACAUAUCUUUAAA